AGGAUAGCAUAAGCCAAAGUCAAAUCGUAAUAGCGCGGCGAUACGGUGCGGACGCAGUGAGGCGCGCGCUUUCGAGCGGCCAGCAACGAUCCUUUCAAACGUCGAAACGUCCGGCUUUCAAGAGACAAUUGCCAAAGUCGAAUCCUCAGGUUUUGUGACAGCGAUUCGGACCGAAAGGAUACUCGUUUUAAUGCGUGAAAAUCACUCGAAUAGUACAUCGAUUUUCCAUUAAUGUGAAUUCAAUUUCACGAACAAUUUUUGCUUUCGUCGAUCGAACGAAUCAAAGUUUUUGCAUCGGUGAAGAAGACGUCCGUCACGACGAAUUGCAAUGACGCGAAGCAGGAACGACUUCCGGUUGACGAUGUUCAUCGGGGCCUUCGUCUUGACGCUUUUCUUCAGCUACGCACAAGGCAUUCCCGAUUUUUCCGGCCUUCCACCAGGGCCGUACUGUGGUGCACAAUAUCCAGCAUUGCGAUGCUGUGAUGGACGUAGAGAUGUCUGCAGUGCUCCGAUUGUCGGGACAUUGUGCUACUGCGACGAUUUUUGCGACCGAAACCAGACCGCAGAUUGCUGUCCCGAUUACUGGUCCCACUGCAAGGGAAAGCCUGUAGACGUUGGACCACCGCAAUUGAUCCAAGUAGGCUGUCUCUUCGAGGGGAAAUUUUACGCUCACGGACAGUCGAUCAAGCAGAAUUGCAACAAGUGCAAAUGUUCAACUUUGGAAAAGAAGGCGGAAAUGCUUUGCGAGACGAACCCUUGCUUGGUAGAACCCGAUAUCAUCGAUACUGUGAAUUUCGAAAAUGAUCGGUUAGGAUGGCGGGCUGAAAACCACUCCGAAUUCUGGGGAAGGACCCUUGCCGACGGUAUGCAGCUCAGACUGGGAACAAAGAACCCCUCGCAAUACGUGACCAAGAUGAUCCCGGUUCGCACCGUGUACGACCCCACCAAACUUCCAAAAUCGUUCGAUUCCGCAGAGGAAUGGAAGGGUAAGAUCGCCGGAGUCAGAGACCAAGGAUGGUGCGGGGCUUCGUGGGCCUUGUCCACCGUCGACGUCGCUUCCGAUCGUUACGGCAUCAUAAGCAAAGGACGAGAAGUCGUCGAGCUUUCAGCCCAGCAUCUCUUGUCCUGCAACGACAGAGGACAGCAGGGCUGCUCAGGUGGCUACCUCGACAAGGCGUGGUUGUUCGUUAGGAAAUUUGGUCUGGUAGACGAAGACUGUUACCCCUGGACUGGCGCAAAAGAACAAUGUAGAUUUCCAAAAAGAAUAACUUUUGACCAAACUCGGUGCCGAAGGCCGGCCGGCUCGACCAGAAAAGAAUUGUACAAAGUAACCCCAUCCUAUCGUUUGGGAAAUGAAACGGACAUCAUGCAUGAGAUCAGGAUGUCAGGGCCGGUACAAGCUACGAUCAAAGUCUAUCCGGAUCUAUUUGUCUAUAAAUCAGGUAUAUACAGGCAUUCCCCGAGGGUGGAAAGUUCUCGCACAGGCUACCAUUCCGUCAGAAUAGUCGGUUGGGGCGAAGAAAUCCUUUCGUAUGGACCACCGGUCAAAUACUGGGUCGUGGCCAAUUCUUGGGGUAAGGAUUGGGGUGAAAACGGAUUCUUCAGGAUCUUACGAGGAUCUAACGAAUGUGAGAUCGAGACCUUUGUCUUGGCUGUCUGGCCCAAGGCAAUAACGUAUUAAGGCAAUAAUACGAACACAUUUUCAGGUGUUAACAUUUUUCAAUUUAUACAUAAUGAAUGUAAGAAUCAUACAGACAAAGUUCACGAAUCACCGUUGUAUUUAUUAGCACACUAUGUAUACUAAUAACUCGACAGUUUCGAUUAUAAUAACAUAAUAUAAUACUAAACGUACUGUACGUAUACGUCUAUAAGAUAUUUUACGUGAAGAAAAAUAACUAGUAUUAAUAAUGAACUGUUUUUUAAUAUAUAUUCUACGUAUAAUAUAUAUACAUAAAAUUACAUGCAUAUGUAUAUUUUUAUAAACACAAUAUUUUAUCAAGAUAUUAUAAUGACAUACGUAUCACUUAUGUAAACUCUGCCAUAUUAUUCACUAAGAUGCAUAAAUUAUUUAAUAAAAUGUCAUAUACGUAGGUAUAUGUGUUAUAACAGCGAGUCUUCAAAACCUUACCA